GCCAACGAUUCCAGAGUUCGAAUUCGCACAUUGAGGAACGCCUCCCAAUCCGCGAGGGAUGGGAACAAUUCCUCUUCACCCAUGCGUAACUCCCACUCCCGAUGGGACUCCUUGUCCAACUUGCGGACAAAGUGAAAAACAAGAACAUCGUCCCAGUAUUCGACCGGGCGAGCCAUGUUUUUUAAGGCCGUUAAUGCGGCGCGAGAUCUAUCGCGUAAACUUUUUAAAUCGCUUAGAACUGCGGAUCCGAUCGGGGGUGAGUCGAACAACAUUUUCAGGUUCGGAGUCCGUCGGUAAGGCUGCCGUCAUAGCGUCGAGGGCGGCAAGGAAAGCUGCUUCCGUAUCCCCGAAGACGUCGCUGGAGAAGUAGGGAUUCGCCCUGGUGUCCUCCUCCGUUGCUGCA